AUGGUGAAAGGCCUACGGAAAAUUGGAGUUCCAAACACCAUCGGUGAGACAUGUAUGAAAGGCAAGAAACAUCAGACUCCAUUUCUAAAAAUGGGUAAAUGGAGAACAAAAUUAGACUGCGAGGAAAACAUUGAAAUUGAUAAGAAUGCGGUCGAAGGAGGAGGAAUCACAGAGGAAACGACUGAACUGGUUGCUGAAACAAUUGAACCAGUUGUUGAAAACGAAGAAGGAAAAAUCAUGGAAGAAAUGACUGAAUCGGUUGCUGAAACAAUUGAACCAGUUGCUGAAAACAGUUGCACCAGAUUUGACAAUAAGGGAGGGGAGAAGUCGACAUCCACCCAAAGGGAGGAGUUAAGUGAUUUAAAUGGAUUUACUGAUAAUGAUUAUGCCAUAGACAUGGAAGAUAGCAACAGUACUUCAGACUAUGUGUUUAUGAUGAGUGGAGGAGCAGUAGCUUGGUCUUCUCGUAUAGUCACCUUAUCAACCACAGAAGCUGAGUUUGUUGCUGCUAGUGCCUGUGCAUGUCAAGCUGUUUGGAUGAAGAUGAUACUCAAAGAGAUUGGUCACUCUCAAAUAGAAGGAACAAAGCUAAUGUGUGAUAAUACUUCCUAUUAA